AUGGGAGACAGAGUAAGUGGAUUUCAUAAUCCGAAAGAACUUUCUCAGAUCGCUGCUUAUAUUCUUCAGUGUGUAAAACCUUUUUAUGCAGAAAUUAUACAUCGUGAAGAAAUGGCUUUAGCUUCCUUACCUCUUGGUAUGGGAAGUUCCACAAUUUUUAGCACUAAAUUUUUUAAAACUAAUGAUUCAUGUCCAUUAUGGAUAAAGAGGAUUCCGUGUUCGAUUGAAUCUCACACUCCAUUAGACUUUCAUCUCGCUUCAUUCAUUCCUUCAUUUGAUUCGCUAAAAGAAUUAUUGGAUGCAGUGGAAUAUCAGUUUUGUCGAUUUGAUAUACAAAAUGGUGGAGCUUUAUGUAAUGGUAAUCAUGGAAGAAGACACUUUCAAGAGGAGAAAUGUUAUUGUCCAAGACGUUCACCUCCAUCGAUUGUUAAAAUCGAAUCAAUCUGUAUGAUUAAGGAUCAGUUCCGAGAAGACGCCUAUACCUCCUUCAAAGCUCAUAUGGCCGCACAUAAUCCAAUUAUAGUAGAAGGAGUUAACAAGCAUCCUCGUUUCGUUCCUGCUUUAUGGACGCAAACAGCUUUUGAGGAAGUGCUUUCGAGGGAUUCAAAUUUGUUAGUUCUUGAUAGUCGAACAUUUCUUCCGUACUUGUGUGAUGGAGAACCAUGCACUCUUCCAUAUUUUUGGCAAAGGUUUAGAUCGAAGCGGUUUAGCGAGGAACCUUAUUUAAAGGUGAAAGAUUUCCCUGAAACCAUGCUUUUUUCCGACAUCGCUCCCUUGCAAUAUCGAAAUCUUUAUGAAGUGAUGCCAUUUCUCGAUUACUGUCAUAUUAAUCACAAGGAAAGUGGCUUUGGGCGACUUAAUUUAUUGAACAUGCUGAUUGGACAAGAAGAAAGACCAGAUCCUGGACCCAAAGCUUACAUUUGUUUCGGAUUAUAUGACGAGCCAUAUUUAGCAUCGACGCCUUUGCACUUGGAUGUAUCAGACGCAGUAAAUUUUUUGGCUGUUGUUAAACCACCUAUGGAAAUGUCUAAUGACGAAAUCUUGUUUGAAGUCAUAAAACGUCUUGAUAUAGAAAAAAUUCAAGGCACGCAAAGAGAACGUGCACUUAAUAAUCCAUCGAAAGUUGGUGCUUUAUGGAAAGUCUUUCAUCCUGAUGAUAAUGAGAAAUUAAGAAAGGCAAUUAUGGAAUGGAAAAAUAUAAAGGAAAUGGAAUGGGAUGAUGACGUCAUUCAUAAUCAAGAUGUAAUUGUAACACAUGAAAUGGUUCAAUUCUUAGAAAGUCGUGGAAUAAAAUGUAAAUUGUUCAUUCAGAAUGAAGGCGAUGUAGUUUUCAUUCCUUCUGGUGUUGCGCAUCAAGUGCAAAAUAUAUUUUCUUCUAUAAAGGUAGCGGAGGAUUUCGUUUCUCUUGAAGGGAUUGAACAAACUUUACGUGUUACUGAAGAACUUAAGUGUUUAAAACGCAAAGAUGAUCUCGUACAGAUUGAAACACUUUUGCAAAGGGCUUGUGCCGCAGCAACAUCUAUAUUAUCUCGCAGUGAACCGGGGAUGACAUCGGCAUUUCUUCAAUCACCGUCAAUGCUUGAUCAUUAUAAACUUCUUUAG